GCAACUUAUAUAUGUAUUAUUCAUCGGAAGUAGCAUCAACAACAGAAGAUGGGUACUGACCUUUCUUGAUGGACAAAUUUUAUUGACUUACACGUUAUAUAGGAUGAGCUCGCAAUCCAUCCCCCCUAAUCAACUAUAUCAAGAAUACUUGGAGAAGCAAGAUAUCGACAAUAUUUCGCCAAUCAGCUUCUUUCAAUUUCAUAAAUUCUCCUACAAACAGAAGGAUUUUGCUGGCCAGGAAUAUCGCAGAUUGAUUGCACUGACUAUGCAGCAGGACACUAGUAAAGGGGACGUUUUACUAUCGAGGUUUAGAUCCCAGAAGCAGAAUAUAGCGCAGUACUGGAAUGAUACCAAGGAACGGGAAAAGCAGGUAUUUAUAGCCCUUUACUAUUAAUAAUGUUGGACAUUAUAGAUGACAUUACUAAUUAAUGGUCAAAUUGUGAAGAUAUCACAUGCAUCUGCUGUGAAAGAUGAAGGCCGAGCUCAAUCAUUAGCAUCUGUCCAGGCCGUUACCAGAGACACUUUGGAAAUCUUUAAUACCACAGAUUCAUGCUCAUCUGUGUCAACUGCGCCAUCCUUUACGACAUCCGCUGUAUCAUCCACACCCUACGAUGUCACUAAUUCAGAUAUGAACAAGGAGAAACAACAACAGAGUUCAAAACGAACGAGAGAUAACGAGAAUUCAGUUGAAACCCCUAUAAUGAAACAUGUUUGCAAAGAGUCUAGAAGAGAUCUUUCAUUUUCAGAAAAUGGAGAGUCGGUCGUCUCAACAUCUGUAUUGUACAGUUGGGACUUUUUAGACGGACCUGGAAGACUCGAGUCGAAUGUUAGUGAGCUUUGGAUGUGUGAUGGAGUUGAUGUCGGUGGUGAACUGAUGGCGUGUAGAGAUCGCAUCGUUGAAAACAACGGUGGACUCACGGGCUCAUAUGAGAAGUUGGCCAUCAACUUCAUCUUUUUAAUAGAAGCUGAGUAUCAGGUGGGAGGAUUACAAGGAGAAGUUGAAGAUCAAACUUGGGAUAUCAUCUGUAAAGCCCUCAAGGAUCCUAUUCAGUCCCUCUCAGGUGAAGCUCUAUUUGAGGCGCAUCAAUGGACCCAUCGACUGGCAAACAGUACAUAUGAGGAACUUGAGCAAUUACUGGCGGACUCUGCACCUCAAAAUUCAGUACUUAAGACUAUACUGAUGAAGAUGGUCGAUGGGAGACAACUCUGGACCACAAAGGGUAGGAACGAAGACACGUAUCUCAAAUGCCAAUUGGGACCCUUCUUGGACAUAUAUUUGGGAAAUUUAAAGCAUACGAUGAGUGUCUGAAUGAAACUAGAGACUCGAAAUCAAACCUAAUGGUCCCUGACUUUUCUGUUA